GCAGCUCAGGAUGGGGUUGACAUAAUUAGCUUAUCAAUCACUCCGAAUAGACGUCCUCCGGGCGUUGCAACUUUCUUCAAUCCAAUAGAUAUGGCAUUGCUGUCAGCUGUAAAGGCCGGUAUUUUUGUAGUGCAAGCUGCAGGAAAUACAGGACCUUCACCGACAAGUGUUUCCUCCUUCAGUCCAUGGAUCUUUACUGUUGGUGCUGCCUCUCAUGACCGGAUUUAUAGCAACUCCAUGUUUCUUGGAAAUAAUGUGACCAUACCUGGUGUUGGACUUGCGCCUGGCACAAGUGUAGGCAAACUUUAUACACUGGUUCAUGCACACCAUGCUUUGAACAAUGAUACUGCUGACCCUGAUGAUAUGUAUGUCAAUGAGUGCCAAGAUGCGAGCAAGUUCAGUAAGGAUUUGGUCCGGGGGAACCUCUUAAUGUGCAGCUAUUCAAUCCGAUUUGUGCUGGGGCUUUCCACCAUCAAACAGACCUUGGGAAUGGCCAAGAAUCUUAGUGCAGCUGGAGUUGUUUUCUAUAUAGAUCCUUUUGUGAUUGGUUAUCAGAUUAACCCAGUUCCAAUGAAAAUGCCUGGCAUAAUAAUUGCAUCCACAAAUGAUUCUAAGAUUUUGAUGCAAUACUACAACUCUUCACUAGAAGUUGAUGCAGUCUCAAAGAAAGUUAAUAAAUUUGGCGCAGUUGCGAGUAUCUGUGGCGGACUAAAAGCGAACUACAGUAAUGCUGCUCCGAAGGUCAUGUACUACUCUGCCAGAGGACCGGAUCCAGAAGACACUCUUCCACAUGAAGCGGACAUCUUGAAGCCAAACUUGUUAGCUCCUGGAAAUCUUAUAUGGGCUGCUUGGAGUUCUCUUGGCACCGACUCUGUUGAAUUUCAAGGUGAGAAUUUCGCAAUUAUGUCAGGCACAAGCAUGGCUGCACCUCAUGUUGCUGGUCUUGCUGCCCUAGUUAGACAAAAAUUCCCAAAUUUCAGCCCUACAGCCGUUGCAUCUGCACUUUCCACAACUGCUUCUCAGCAUGAUAAGAAUGGUGGGCCAAUAAUGGCUCAGCGAUCGUAUGCCUCGGCAGAUCUAAACCUAUCUCCAGCAACUCCUUUUGACAUGGGAAGUGGUUUUCUGAAUGCAACUGGAGCAUUAAAUCCCGGUUUGAUUUUUUAUUCCAGUUAUGAUGAUUACAUGGCAUUCUUGUGUGGCAUCAAUGGUUCAGUUCCUGUGGUAUUAAACUACACUGGUCAGAACUGCUGGUCCUAUAACUCUACUGUAUACGGCGCUGAUCUGAACUUGCCCUCAAUCACCAUUUCGAAGCUGAACCAAUCAAGAGUGGUGCAGAGGACAGUCCAAAACGUUGCUGGAAAUGAGACCUACAGUGUCGGUUGGAGCGCACCUUACGGGGUAUCAGUGAGUGUAUCUCCAACACACUUCACCAUUGCCGGUGGCGAGAAGCAAGUCUUGUCUGUGCUCAUGAACGCAACCGCCAACAGUUCAGUUGCAAGCUUUGGGAGGAUUGGCCUCUUUGGUGAUCAAGGUCAUGUCCUAAGCAUUCCCCUUUCAGUCAUUGUUAAAAUCUCAAGUAACAACAACACAGUGAGCUAACGUUGGAAUUGGGAUAGCAUUUUCUUGUUUUGAGUAAACUGAUUUUGAUUUUUGGCUUUUGUUUUUCCCAUUUUAAUCUGUAUUUAAUUGCUUGUGUACCAAGAUGAUUAACUAAUUUUUUCAUUCAUUAUCAUGUAAAUUAGUUGAGGGGUUCUCCUUGUAAAGUAAAUAGAUAUGAUCGGUACCUGAUUUCUAGUUCCUUGAUACUUCUUUACUCUCUACCAGCUCAAUGAUUAUUAAAUAAUAAAAUAUACUUGAUAACUUAUGCUGA